GGCUGCCCGGACGCCUGGGUCCAAUCCGCUGCCGCCGCCCCGGCGCGGCGGUAUCGCGAUGCCUCUGUCGCGACAGCGCCGCCGCCGCCCCCCCGCCCCCCCCUCGGCAAUGGCCGCCGCUUGAAGGAGGCAGCGCGUGCGAGGGAGCCGCCCGCCUUCGCACGAGCGUCGCCCCCCGAGGGGGGGCCCGGCCCGGCCCCCCCCCCCGCCAUGGCGGCCCCCGAGCGGGAGCUGAAGCGCAGCGUCGCCAUCGUCCCCUGCUUCGUCUUCGUGGAGCUGGCCAUCCUGGGGGGCACGGCGCUGCUCGCCUACCAGCUGGAGUUCACCGACACCUUCCCCGUGCACGUGCGCGGCUUCUUCUGCGGCGACCCGGCCUACGGCAAGCCCUACCCCGGCCCCCCCGCCGCCAGCCGCGCCCCCCCCGCCCUCGUCUACGCCCUCGCCGCCGCCGUGCCCACCCUCACCAUCGUGGCCGGGGAGCUGGCGGGGCUGCUGGGGGGGCCCCGGGGGGGCCGCGACCGGACCAUCCUGUGGGGCGAGUGCUGCUACCUGGGGCCGCUGCUGCGGCGCCUCGUCCGCUUCCUGGGCGUCUUCUCCUUCGGGCUGCUGGCCACGGCCAUCUUCGCCAACGCGGGGCAGGUGGUGACGGGGGCGCCGGCCCCCCACUUCCUCGCCGUCUGCCGCCCCAACUACACGGCGCUGGGCUGCGGCCCCCGGCGCCCCCCCGGCGCCCCCCCCCGCUUCGUGCCCCCCGCCGGGGCCCCCUGCGCCGGAGACCCCCCCCUCGUGGCGGCCGCCCGCCGCGCCUUCCCCUGCAAGGAGGCCGCCCUGGGCGCCUACGCCGCCGCCUACGCCGCCAUGUACGUGACGCUGGGCUGGGGGGCGCGGGGCUCGCGGCUGGCCAAGCCGGCGGCGGUGCUGGCCCUGGCGGCCCCCCCCUUCCUGCUGGGCGCCCUGCGCGUGGCCGAGCACCGCAACCACUGGGCCGACGUCCUCGCCGGCUUCCUCACCGGCACCGCCAUCGCCGCCUUCCUGGUGACCUGCGUCGUGGGCAACUUCCAGAGCAAAGGGGGGGCGGCGCCGCGGGGGGGGGCGGGCGACGGGGGGGCCCCCGCCGCCCCCCCCGAGCUGCCCCGCCCCCAGCCCCCCCUCGAGGAGCUCAGCGUCACCCAGGCUCGUCGCGCUGAGUUCCCGGCCGUCACCUGAGCCGCCAGCGAGGCCCUCGCACGAGGACGCACGCGCGCGUGCAAGGGGGGGGGCCACGGCAAUGCCUCGCACGAGGACUCACGCGCGUGUGCAAGGGGGGGGCCACGGAGCCGCCUCGCACAAGGAUGCACACGCACGUGCAAGGGGGGGCCGCGGCGAUGCCUCGCACGAGGAUGCACACGCGCGUGCAAGGGGGGGCCACGGCAAUGCCUCGCACGAGGAUGCACGCGCGUGUGCAAGGGGGGCCACAGAGCCGCCUCGCACGAGGAUGCACCCGCGUGUGCAAGGGGGGACUGCGGCGAUGCCUCGCACGAGGAUGCACACGCGCGUGCAAGGGGGACUGCGGCGAUGCCUCGCAUGAGGGUUCACGCGCGUGUGCAAGGGGGGGCCACGGGCUGGGAGGGGGCGGGGCUUCCCCACGGGCUCCGCCCCCUCCUUGCACACGCGUGUUGCACGUUCGCCCCCCCCGACCCCCCCCCGAAUAAACUGGAUGCUUGUGCCGUG